AUGAGAGGAGCUUUGAAAGCUGUUAGGGAAGAAAACAUGCCUGUGGCUACUGCUGCCAGAAAAUUUAACGUGCCAAGGACAUCUUUGAGAAAUAGAUUAGAAGACAAGACGGCUGAUGAGUGUAGACGAGUAGGACCUGAAUGUGAAUUGGGACUGGAUACAGAGAAAAACAUUGUAACUUGGAUACUUGAUUGUGCCGCUGAGGGUUUUCCUAUGAAUAGAGAAGGCCUAAUGUAUUCUGUUCAAAGAAUAAUAGAAGAAUGUGGAUUAGAUCCAAAAAUUUCAAGAAUUCUGUAUGCUGUAGAAUUGAUGAACGCUGAAAGGGAUCUACUUAUUUUUGAUUUUCCAGAAUUUCCUUUCGAUGAGACAAUAGACGUUGACGAGCAGAUAGGCAUCGAGGAGCAGCUAUCUACGGAAAUACCAAAAACCACUGAGGAACAGAUAGAUAUCGGGGUACAGAAAGUCAUCGAAGAACAGACCAGGGAUCAGAAGGACAUCGAGAAACAGAAGAACACCAAAGAAGAAGAGGAUAUUGAGGAACAAAAGGGCAUCGAAGAACAGAAAGGCAUCGAGGAUCGUACAUGCACGGAAAAACAAACAGGCACCGAGACCGAGGUACACAUAGACAUCAAGGAACAGGCAAGCAUGGAGGAGCAAAUGGGCAUAGAAGAACAAAACAAAUUCGAAAAGCAAACAAGCAUGAAAGAAACGAUGUGCAGCAUAUAA